UGUUUAGUGUUUACUGUUUACCUAUUGGCUAUUAUAUAAGAUAAAAAUUUAUAAUAUGAUUAUUAGACAAUAAUAAUACUAAUUUAUAUGGGCUAUAAGUUAUAUAAGUUAAAACUUCACUUUUAUCACAUAAAUUCAGUAGUUAUUAAUAAAUAAUAAUCAUGUAGCCUACAGGCUUUUAAAUUAAAAUUAUAAAUUAUUUAAUGUUUUUAUUUGGAAGUUAAUUAAAGAUUUUAUUCUAUUUAUUUAUUUUGAUGUCAACAUAAUUAAUUAUUAUAUUAUAUAAUAUGAUGGAUGUAUUAAAAAAUCAUCAUGAGCCUUUUGACUUACUACCGGAUGAAAUGGUUGUAUACACAUUAAGCUUUAUCGAUGCAGAUACCCUUUUGGAUUGUAGACUUGUAUGCAAAAGAUGGCGAGAACUUAUAGAUGCAUACGUAUUUCAAGAAAAAGCUUCACGAGAAAAUAAGUAUGUGAAUAAUGGUAGAGGGUACUACAGUUUUUCCAAAAUUGAUUCAAAUAAUAUCAGAAAGCUAGAAUUGCCAUGGUACGUGUUUCAUGUCAUAUGCAAAUAUGAUCCAUUUAAUAGAAAUUUAGUGAAAAACCACUGUGGACAAAAUGAAUAUACACAUUGGAAUAUAACUAACGAUCAUAAUUGGUGGACUAUUGAACAAACACCACAAGGUGCUCCUCCAUUACCUGAUGAUCCUGAUUUUGAUGGCCAUACAAGCUGUUUUGUAUCAACAUAUCGAUUAUGUUCAAAGAGGCAAAAAAUCAUAUUCAAAAAUUAUGGUUUGAAUGAUAUUGUCAUGAAAACUCUUCAACCUGAAAUUUCAGUUAGUGAAUGGUAUACGGGUCGUUUUGAUUGUGGUUGCAAAUAUGCAUUAAGGGCAACUGUUCAUGAUAGAAAUGAUAAGCUAAUAGAACAACACAAUUACAAUGAUGUUUUACCUCAGUGGGAGGCUAAUAUUUGGACAAAAGCUUCACAUUCAUUUAAAAAUCAGAGUAAUGCAUCUCAAUUAAUUCUAUAUCAUUCUGGAGUAGACACACAGUAUUGGGCUGGUCACUAUGGUACCAAAAUAUCUGGUUCUGUAGUAAAAAUUUUGCUACCAAUAAAAUUUAAAUGUGCCGAGUCUUAGAUACAUAUUUUAAUUAAAUGUAUUGGUAUAUAUAUAUAUAUAUAUAUAUAUAUAUAUAUAUAUAUAUGCUAUAAUAUUUCUUUUAAAAUUUAAAAUUUAUUCUAAAUUAAUAAUUACUUAUCACCAAAAAUAUGAAAUAUUAUAACAGUUGUACUAUUUUAUAUAAUAUUUAAUUAUUGUUAAUUAUGUAUUUUUAAAUAUUUAUGAAUUGAAAGAUAAGAGAAAAUAUUUUUUUAUUAUAUUUUAAGAAACUUUAAAUCUAGUCAGCAAUUGUUAUUAUUAUUCUAUUAUUGUAGGGCGGCCAGAUUGAAUUAUUAAUUGUAGAAAUCUGGUACAACAAAUUCCAAUUUUACCUAACCAUUACUUUACUUUACAGUGUCUUUUAUUUUUAUUUUUUAUUUAUAAUAUAUAUUAAGUAAUACAAUAAGUAAAUUUGAUCAGUAGAUAAAAUAAAUAAGUAAUAAUAACAUUAUAGUAAGUUAUCUAAACCUGAGUUCAAGUAUUGUUUUUUUUUAUAUAAAUAAUUAGGUUAAAAGUUCUUUGACCCAUUUUAUUUUGAUUUGAUUUAUAUCAAAUAGAUUUAAAGAGUAUAAAUUUGAUAUGAAAGGAUUUAGAUGAUAAUGUUGUUUUUAUGUUAUCAUUUAUUGAAUUUACCUAGGAGCAUUGAUUAUUGCUUUGAGAGAUAUUAACUGAAAAUAUUAUUUAACUUUUAAUUAGUUUUCAAAAUUAGAUUUCAUAAGAGGCCAAAGAGAUGAUGAGUAGUUUUUGUACUAAUAUUUUUGUUUUACAGUGAUAGUAUUGAUUUUAAUAAGGAUGUGAGUCAUCUAUCUACAAGCAUCCUAAGAUAUUUUAUGAACUAUUGGUAUUUAUCUAUUGUUACUGUAUCUUACCAUUUUUAUUUAUUAAUUUAAUUAUAUAUAUAUAAAUAAUAUAUAUUAUUGGUAUAUUUUUGUGUAAUUACUUUACCAUUGAUUAACAAAUAUUCAGUUAAUAUUUAUUGACCAGAAAUAUAAUAAUAAAUUAUAUUUUACUCUAGUUUAAUUUUGGAACAUUAUAAUGUUUAUGUACAAUGAUCAAACCACAAUAACAACACAGAGUUCUGAAAAACUUCUUUGAGACAUUGAGAUACAUGUUUUUUAACAGUGGCGGAUCUAGUUUUUUUUUUUUGAGGGGGAGGGUAAAAUUUUUCAUAUUAUUUUAUAUUAUAUAUAUAUUAUUUUGUAAGUUCAAUAUUUAGCAUUUGAUGUUAGGCUUUACAAAUAUAAUAUGACAAUCAAGAGGGCUCGACCCUCUCCCUUGAAUCCUCUACUGUUCCUAAACCACUUAUUCCGUAAAAUCUGUCAAAAAUGGCCACUCUAUAUAAUAGUAAAUAAUAGAAAACUCAUGAAAUUAAAUUAUUGUUCAUUGAUUCAUUUUUUAAACAUAUUUUUCUAAUAUAAUAAUUGGACGUUAACCAUUUUGUAAUAUAAUGUGAUAAUAAUAUAUAUUUAAUUAAUCACAGCUUUUAUAUGUAUUAAUUACAAAUAUUAUAAUGUUAUCAUUUUUUUUAAAUAUUAUUUAUUUAUUUAUUACAGAUGUAUUUGUGUUAGGUACCAUUUGCUAUAAAAUUAUAACCAAAAUAAAAGAUACUUAGUAGAA